AUGAUUAGUCUGAGUCUCCAGACAUUUGGCAGGCAUGGUUGUUGGACGAUGUGUUGCAGGAGUCAUGAGAUUGAAUCGAAACUUGCCCGGCCCAGCACUGAUCCCGAAUCCCCGAUGAGCAAUUUAAUUAGACCAGCUUCGCCGGGUCACCGAGGAAUAUUCAUUGACCCUCCCCUCGCUGUCUUCGUACAUUGUCCGGUUGGAAUAAUCCUAGGCCCUUUGAUCGGCGGGUAUUUGGCCAAGGCUGCGAGCCAAUAUCCUGAAAUCUCCGGAAACAUCCAGUUCUUGGUUGACUAUCCCUGUUUCUAA